AUGUCGUCGAGCCUUAUCCCGGCACUCAAGCCUCACCCGUCGAUGGCCGAUAGGCGUCUCGCGCCCGUCUCGACCGAACACAAACCGAGCUACGAUCAACUUGAUACGCCCGUCACUGAUCCCCAUAAGCCCACGGGCCUUCUUGCCCCGGGCCGCAAGGCCCGUGAUCGCGGCGUACUUUCCUCGGACGAUAAUGCCCUCACCAAGCAAGUCCUCGCGACUCACGCGCCCGACAUGGAGGACCUCGACGUUAGGCCCAUUCUUGCCAUUAUCGAGGAUAUCUUGCGCCUCACUAGGCCCAUCUCGGCUCACGACUCGACUUCUUCGGGAGCGGAAAUCGCAUCACACGUGUCGCCACAUGAUGAGAAGUCCCUCCACCACUCGACCCACCGGCCUUCGGACGAUAAAGUUUUCCACACUCCCCACCUCCCGUCCGCCGAUCCCGAUGCAGAAAUCACUCACACGGUCACCAUGGAGCUCCUCAAGUCCCUUUCGAGCUACUCGUGGGAUGCUAAGGCCGUGAUCGUAUUCGCGGCCUUCGCUAUCAAUUACGGCGAGUUUUGGCUCGUCGAGCAGCUCCAGACGACAAAUCCACUCGCGAAAAACAUCGCGGCCCUCAAGGACCUCCCGUCAAUUAUAGACCACGCGGGGGACCUGAAAAAAAGGUUCGAGGCUGUUCUUGAUUUGCUCAACCAGGUCCUCCGGGUCACGCAUUGCAUCAUCGAGUUCAAGGAGCUGCCGCACGUGUACAUUAGCCGCGAGUCGCCGGAGAUAUCGGCGGCAACAGCCCAUAUUCCGACCGCCGUUUAUUGGAUCUUGAGGAGUCUCCUCGUUUGUGCCUCGACUCUCUUGAACUUGAUCGGCAGUGGGCAUGAAUACAUGACCUCAACUGCCGAGUCGUGGGAGAUACUGAACCUGGCACACAAGCUCUCGGUUAUAUUCGAGCACUUGCAGAAUCAGCUGAGGAGAUGUUCUGAGACAAUCAACAAGAAGAAGGCAGAAGAUGCAUACUUUGCAUUCAGAAAACUUAUGGAGUCGGCUCAUAUCGACAACAUGAAAGUACUCAAGGCGAUGAUCAAAUCCCGAGAAGACCAACGUCCGCUCUUCGAUGGCUCAAAACGACUAAACGAACGAAUAGAAGCCCUUCGGCUAAAAUACGUGCUCCUCCUAAUCUCGAACCUCGAGCUCCCCCAAGAAGAGCUCCACAUACUCCACUCAAUCUACAGCCAGCACCAGAUGAGGCACGAGUACGAAGUCCUAUGGCUACCCCUCGUGGACCCCACCACGGCACAACUAACCCCAACUCAAGAAACCGUAUUCUACGACUUACGAAACAACAUGCCCUGGCACUCGGUGGACCACCCUUCGCUGGUCGAGCCAGUGGCCGCUCGCUACAUUAAGGACGUGUGGGGUUUCGUGCACACGCCGAUGCUGGUCGUGCUCGACCCGCAGGGAAAGCCCGCCAACCUGGACGCGCUGCCGAUGAUGUGGAUAUGGGGAAGCUCGGCUUUCCCGUUCACGCGGGCCCGCGAGGGGGCACUCUGGGCCGAGAGCACGUGGAAUAUCGACCUGCUGGCCGAUGCCAUCGACCCGCGAUUCGCGGAAUGGAUUCGAGACAACAAGGUGAUCUGCCUGUACGGAGGGGAGGACAUCGACUGGAUCCGACGGUUCACCUUAUCGGCACGUGCGGCUGCUGGUGCUCUUCAGGUCCCUUUGGAGAUGCUUUAUGUCGGCAAACGCUACCCGAAGGACAAGGUUCGGAGGUGCCACGAAGUGAUUCACCGCGAAAAGCUGAGCCACAUUUUCUCGGUCGACUAUUACGACUACGUGUGGUUCUUUUGGGUUCGGCUGUGGAGCAUGUGGAACUCCAAGAAACAAAUAGGUAUGACCAUCGACAACGAUCUCAUCAUGCAGGAAAUCAUGGACAUCCUCGCCUACGACAGUAGUGAACAAGGAUGGGCCGUUUUUAGCCGCGGAAAUUACGAGAUCACUAAGGCCAACGGGGAGAAGGUGAUGCCGGUUUUGGAUGGCUACGCAGAUUGGGGGUACAAAGUCGAUCAUCCGGACAAAUUCGUGCCGGUGCUUGACGAGCAGCUACGAGAUUUCCAUCCGGAGCACCAUUGCAACCGCCUGAUCCUGCCGGGUCAGGCGGGAUACAUACCCGAAAGGGUGGUGUGUUCCGAGUGCGGCAAGCUCAUGGACAAGUAUGUCAUGUACCGUUGUUGCACCGACUGA